CUCGAACAGCACAGCAGCGCUGGAGAUGGAGCAGACCGAGCUCAUGAAGCCAGAGACUCUGGAGGAUUUGAUCAAAACUCUCCACAAGCUCUUUGAAAGCGACAGCGUCAAUGUGGAGGAGGUGCAGAGCAUCAUGGAGUCCUAUAAAAGUAAACCUCACGAGUGGAUGAAAUAUGCUACAUUUGACCAGUACAGAUACACCAGGAAUCUUGUGGAUGAGGGAAAUGGAAAGUUCAACCUGAUGAUCUUGUGCUGGGGUGAAGGACACGGCAGCAGCAUCCACGAUCACACAGACUCGCACUGCUUCCUAAAGCUGCUCCAGGGUCAGCUGAAGGAGACGCUCUUCGACUGGCCCGACCGCAAGCUUCAGGCCGGCAUGCUGCAGAAGUCCCAGCAGGUGCUGCUGGAGAACCAGUGUGCCUACAUCAACGACUCCCUCGGGCUUCAUCGAGUGGAGAACGUGAGCCACACGGAGACGGCAGUCUCUCUGCACCUCUACAGCCCGCCCUUCCAGACGUGCCGGACGUUUGACCAGCGCACCGGACACCACAAAAGCGCCAAGAUGACCUUCUGGAGCAAGUUCGGCAAGAGGACGCCGUAUGAAAGCACCGUUUCACAGGAGAACAACUGAGACGAGGGAAGCACGCCGGCGCUCGAUGGAAAUGUACACAUUAAAUUGAAACCGCAGUGAUGUUUAAAUCUUGCUCCAGCUCUUUUUUUUAAGAUUGGCAAAGGACAGUGGGAAGAGGGUCUCGCUGGUAAUUCAAGGCUCUUAAUCGUGGCCUGAAUAGACGCAUUAGUCCAGCCGUUCUCCCAGCAUUCCUGUGUAAUCACGCUUUUGUGCCGUUACGGGACGGAUUUAUGAGAAGAAUCUGUGAAAGCUCCAGCAGAACUCAGCACUUGCUCUCCGUCUCCACACGCUCUUUUAUUCCGCGUCCAGAGAGCUUAUGUUUAUGAAUCUUGCCGUCAGUAAUCGAUGUCUCGUGGAACAAAUAUGGUCUCUGCAUUUGUAAUCUGGAGCUUUUAUUUAAAAUGGACCUGAAUCUUAGCUGGAAAUUCAUUUUUGUCUUAACAUUGAAGUAAAUAAAAUGUUUCCCAAAUGUU